UUUGAGAUCAGUGCUCUGAUAUUUCAUAAUUUCUCUUCCAGACUGCGUGGGUGUAAUCUGACAGAGGAAAGCUGUAGAGUUCUGUCCUCAGUUCUCAGCUCAAACUCCUCCAGUCUGAGAGAACUGGACCUGAGUAACAAUAAACUGCAGGAUUCAGGAGUGAAGCUGCUCUCUGCUGGACUGGAGAAUCCACACUGUACACUGGAGAUACUGAGUCUGCGUGAGUGUAAUCUGACAGAGGGAAGCUGUAGAGUUCUGUCCUUAGUUCUCAGCUCAAACUCCAGUCUGAGAGAACUGGACCUGAAUUACAAUAAACUGCAGGAUUCAGGAGUGAAGCUGCUCUCUGCUGGACUGGAGAAUCCACACUGUACACUGGAGAAACUGAGGAUGUGGUGUUGCAGUAUUACAGAUGAAGGUUGUGCUGCUCUGGCUUCAGCUCUGAGGUCAAACUCCUCAUCACACCUGAGAGAACUGAAUCUGUAUGGUAAUAAUCCAGGAGAAUCAGGAGUGAAGCUGCUCUCUGAUCUACUGAAGGAUCCACACUGUAAACUGGAGACACUACACAUUAAGAAUGAUAAACUCACCAGGACUGGUGUAUGUCAGGAGUCUCACCUCAAACCUCUUUUCCAGGAUAAAGCAGUUUUGGUGAAGCGUUAGAACCCGUCCCACAUUUCCAGCAGUUUGGGAGCUGAAUCAUUCAUAUUCAGAUGUAGAAGUUCCAUAACAAUAACCGGGACUGAUCACAUCCUUUUAUCCACUCAGCUACAAGUUACUUCAGGCUUUAAUAACAUAUUUUACAAUCCAAAGUCAAAUCCUUCAGCGUCUACACACAACACAGAGAUAUCAUCACAUCGUCACACUGAUUACACAAAUACACAUCCAUGUGUUGUAGCUGUUUAUAGCUUAUUUUUAGCUCCUUAUUUUUAUCUAACAUUUGUUUGAUUCUUUCAGUUUGUUGUAACAUGACUGUGAAACAUUUGUUUCUCCACAGAUGAUUGAUUCACAGUUGUGAUAUUGA